UGUGAAUCACUGCCCAUAAUUGGACAUUUCUCUACCUGACUAAUUCACUGUAUUCUCCUCAUUUGCUCACCCGAUCUUCAAAAUGCAGGAUCCAAAUGAAGACACCGAAUGGAAUGACAUCCUCCGAGCCAAAGGGAUCAUCCCGCCAAAGGAGCUCGACAUCACCGAGGAUGAGAUUCAGGGAAUGAUCGACAGUGCCAUCAAGCAAAAGACAGAAGGUAAACAGAUGGAUGACAUGGACUUGGAUGAACUCGAUGAAAUAGAAGACGACAUUGAUGAGGAUGAACUUAGAAUAAUGGAGGAAAUUAAGAGAAAAAGGAUAGCUGAGAUUAAAGCAGCGCAACGGAAAGCGGUUUUUGGAAGCGUUUUAGAAAUCACAAAGGCCGAUUAUGUGAAGGAAGUUAAUAAUGCUGGGAAGGAUAUCUGGGUUAUACUACAUAUUUACAAAAACUCAAUACCCCUUUGUAAACUCAUGAACCAACACCUAUCCAACCUGGCUCGGAAGUUCCCCGAAACGAAAUUCAUAAUCAGCGAAGCUCAUCUCUGCAUAGAAAAUUACCCAGACAAGCAUGUCCCAACAAUAUUUAUCUACAAUAACGGCGAUCUGAAGAAGCAGAUGGUAGGGGCAGUUAAUUUUGGCGGGAUGAAUCUGAAACAAGAUGAUUUGGAAUGGAUCUUAUCAAAAACUGAUGCUAUUGCCACAACGUUGACCGAACCACCAAGGAAGGAAGUGGUCGACGUCAUGGAUUCCGCCAUUAGGAACAGCGCUGUAAAUAAUACCAAUAGUGACGAUGACGACGAUUGGUAGAUGACUAGAACAAAAACAAAAAGGGAAAUAACAAACAAACUUUUUAAAAGAUAUUGAAAAAGUAAUUUGAUUUUGGGCUUUGCAAUAAUUGCUGAGGGUGUAUUCAUCUGUUUUUACCAAAAUACAGCAUUCGGUCGAAAUCACGCUGACAAAAAUGUUGAGAAGAGAGGUCUAUAUGUAUGAGAUGGAAUCCAUCAUGAUAGUACUUGUACACUUGUAUUUAUAUUAUUCAUUUGACAGAAUAUAGCGUUUCUUUUAUACAUUGAAAA